AUGCUGUCCGGCGUGCUUCUGUUCAAUCAAAAGGGCGAACUGCUCAUCAUGCGUGCCUUUCGCCAGGACAUGCGCCCCCGACUAGCCGACGUCUUCCGAAUCCAGGUCAUCAGCAACCCUCAGAUCCGAUCGCCUAUCCUUACGUUGGGAAGCACAACCUUCAGCCAUAUCAGGAGCGAGAACAUCUACAUUGUUGGAGUGAGCAAAGGCAAUGUGAAUUCUGCGCUGGUCUUUGAAUUCCUGUACAAGCUCGUGCAGCUGGGCAAGAGCUACUUCGGGCGAUUCGACGAGGAGGCCGUCAAGAGCAAUUUCGUCAUGGUCUACGAACUGCUGGAUGAAAUUCUGGACUUUGGAUAUCCCCAAAACACAGAGACAGAGACGCUGAAGAUGUAUAUCACAACAGAGGGUGUCAAGUCGGAGAGGGCUUUGGAGGACAGCAGCAAGAUCACAAUGCAGGCAACAGGAGCUCUGAGCUGGCGCAGAGACAACAUCAAAUACAGGAAGAACGAAGCGUUCGUGGAUGUCAUCGAAGAUGUCAAUUUGCUGGUAUCUGCCUCCGGCACCGUCCUGAGAGCCGACGUGAACGGCGCAAUUGAGAUGCGAGCAUACCUUUCAGGAAUGCCCGAGUGCAAAUUUGGCCUCAACGAUGCCCUUACGCUGGGAGGCCACAAUCUGGACGUUGCAGGGCCUGUGGGGAAUCUUGGUGGGAACAAGGCAACUAAAGCCGCAGCAGGCUCUGUGACUUUGGAGGACGUCUCACUACACCAGUGUGUGAAGCUGAGCUCUUUCACAACAGACCGGACAAUCUCCUUUAUUCCGCCGGAUGGGUCAUUCCAACUCAUGACCUACCGCUGCUCAGAGAAUGUCAACCUUCCAUUCAAGGUCCAUGCAAUCGUCAAUGAGAUCGGUCGCUCCAAAGUGGAGUAUUCUAUUGCCAUUCGAUCAAACUAUGGAUCUAAACUUUUCGCCACGAACGUCGUGGUGCGGAUACCAACACCCCUCAACACGGCCUCAACCAAUCAUCGAACAAGCCAGGGCAAGGCGAAAUAUGUACCCAGCGAGAACGUAAUUGAGUGGAAAAUUGCUCGAUUCACCGGCCAGAGCGAAUUUGUACUCUCAGCUGAAGCGGAGCUAAGCGCUAUGACGACGCACAAAGCAUGGAGCCGGCCUCCGUUGAGCAUGCAGUUCAGCCUGCUUAUGUUUACGAGCUCGGGAUUGCUGGUUCGAUAUCUCAAGGUGUUCGAGAAGAGCAACUAUUCAAGCGUCAAAUGGGUGCGCUACAUGACACGAGCGGGAAGUUAUGAGAUUCGAUUUUGA